UUUUCACUUUUCAAAACUGUUGCCAAACGAGACACAUCAUAACCCAUUUGAUCAAAUCCUGACUAAUCAAUGUGCCAAAUUGAUUGCUUAGAUAUUAAUUGAUCAAGAAACCAACGUACAACUUGUCUGUGUCUGCUUUUCCUUUGUGAAUAGGCUAAGUUUCUGGAGUGUAAAUUUGUUAAAACUGGGUUUCUCACUAUCUCCAAGUGUCUGGGAAAUUGGCAGAAUGGGAAGAGUUGCAAAGACCUGCCUGCGCUCAUUGCUGAAACUUGUAAAUUCCUUUAUGGGUAUUGCAGGGAUUGCAAUGAUUCUGUAUAGCUUGUGGAUGCUCAGAGUUUGGCAGAGAGACAUGGACAGGCCAUCAGAUUUUGAUGUUGAUUCUAAAGGUCCAUGGUUUAUAUACAGUUUUCUUGGGAUUGGUGUUACCUUUUGUGUGGUAACUUUCCUAGGUCAUAUUUCUGCCGAUUGUGCACAUGGUUAUUGCCUUUCAUGCUAUAUGGUGAUCAUCAUUUCGUUUCUUCUAUUGGAGACUGCAAUGACAGCAGAUAUACUCCUAAAUUCUGACUGGGAAAAGGAUUUACCUGAGGAUCCGACUGGGAGGUUCCAUGAUUUUGAAGAUUUUGUCAAGUCAAACUUUGAUGUUUGCAAAUGGAUAGGCUUGUUGAUCACCUUGGCACAGGGGCUUUCAAUUUUAUUGGCUGUGGCUUUAAGAAAUGUUGGGCCAAACCAGGGAUCCUAUUACAAUUAUGAUAGUGAGGAGGAUUAUGCUCCUGAGAGGCUUCCGCUUAUAAAUAACAAAGCUCAAACACCACCAUAUGUUAAUGUCAUAUCUGACCCUCGCUUUGCCACCAAUACCAAUAAUAAUAACAAGAACUGGAAUGCAAACAAGUGAGGAGUGCAGUGUCAAAGUUCUUCUGAGUUUGAUGGUUUUGAUGUUUUAGGUUGAAGUGAUGACAACUAGAGCUUAUAUGUAUAUAUAGUGCAUGUGGCUGCAUAUAUGUAACAAUUACAAGUUGGGUCGUUGUUUUCAGCGUUAGAUUUUGUAUAUUUUGCUUCUGAUAAAAAUAUGGGAAGUUUAUAUUUGUAUUA